AUGGUGAACAACAAGGCUUCCGCGCUGUCUCUGGCAGUCAGCGCUCUGUCGCUUGCCGGCAGCGCCGAUGCUUUCUGGCGUCUUCCUUGCCGUGGCCGUACUGGUGUCGGCCGUCUUGACCCCAUCAUGGACCCUGGCAAGGUCUCUGACCACGUCCACGUUAUCCACGGUGGUAGCAGUAAACNNUUUGGCAUUGGCAACACCCCUCAGGAUCUUGUCGACUCUGACUGCACCUCAUGUGCCGUUACUCAGGACAAGUCUGCCUACUGGACCNCCCCUCUCUACUUCCUCCACGCCAACGGUACUGCCGAGAUGGUCGAGCAGGUUGGUGGUAUGCUCGCUUACUACCUCCUCUACAAUGACGCUGCAAACCCCAACGGCAAGAUCACUGCCUUCCCUGAGGGCUUCCAGAUGAUCUCUGGUGACAAGCGUCUUCGCAGCUUCCNNCCCUACCCCAUCCCUGACAAUGACAAGUCUUCGUGGACUCCCGAGCAGAAGACUCAGAGUGCUCUCGCACAGAAGGCCCUUGGUUUCAACUGCUUGAACUACGCCGCCACUCCUGAGGCAUCCCUCUACCGUCACUUCUUGCCCGACAAGGACUACCUCGACGCCAACUGCCUUGACGGCGUCCGUCUCGAGCUCAUGUUCCCUUCGUGCUGGAACGGCAAGGACCUCGACUCUGAUGACCACAAAUCGCACGUUGCCUUCCCCGACUUGGUCAUGAGCGGUUCCUGCCCCGAGGGCUUCGACACCAAGCUCCCCUCUCUCUUCUUUGAGACCAUCUUCAACACCUACGCCUUCAAGGGUAUGGACGGACAAUUCGUCCUCUCCACCGGUGACCCCACUGGUUACAGUUACCACGGUGACUUCCAGAUGGGUUGGGACAGCAGCGACUUCCUCCAGUCUGCCGUUGACACUUGCACCAACGCCUCUGGUCAGAUCCAGGACUGCCCUCUCUUCGACAUCCAGAGCGAGGCCCAGGAGCAGCAGUGCUCUUUCAACCCCGUUGACGCCAUCAAGGAUGACAACCCUCUCGGCCCCCGUGACGGUCUUCCUAUCGCUGUCCCCAUCCAGUCCGGCCCUGCUUACGCCAGUCUCUACCCUGUCGUUCUUGCUGGUGAUGAGACCCAGGCUGCCGCCACCUCUACCAAGGCAUCUUCUUCCCAGAUCACCUCGGCUGCCUCCUCAUCUGCUGUUGUCCCCACUCUGAGCUACACUCCUGGUACCUCUUCCGUUACCGACAAGUACGGUGGUGGCAUCCUCCGCGCCAACACCGCCGCAUCAUACGUCCAGACCGAGUCUGUCUCGACCGUCACUGCUGCUGCCUCGCUCGCUAACGCUGAGACUGACGCUGCUGGCAACAUCAUCGCCACCUCUUGGUAUACCCAAGGCAACCAGGUCAUGGAGAUGAUGAUCGAGGAGGUCGACGUCACCGUCACCGCCACUGCCGUCGAGACCGCCAACGCACACGCUCGCCGCCACGUUGGCNAGGAGCACCGCCGCGUCCGUGGCCACCCCCGUCGCUAA